AUGGAGACCGAAGGCUAUCGUGACCUCCUAGAGACCAGCGAUGGUCAGGGGGUAGGCCUGCUGGAUGGAGGGGGCGAAGUGGGGGCAGAGGAGGGUUGGAGCACACCCUACCCUCUGGGCCUCCAAGUAUCUUUGACCACUGUGCUGAUACUGGAGCUAGUGUUGGGCUUCAGCAGCAACCUGACUGUGCUUGUGCUUUACUGUGCCCAGUCUAAUCUGGUGGAUUCAGUCAGCAACUUGGUCACAGUCAACCUCCAUGUGCUGGACAUACUGGUCUGUGUGCUGUGUCUGCCACUGACGGUGGCUGUGAUCCUGCUACCAGCCAAUGGAAGUGGAGUCAGCAGCCUGGCAACGCUGUGCUGCUUUCAUGAGGCCUGUGUCACAUUCACUAGUGUCGCCACAGCAGUCAAUGUGUUGGUGAUCAGUUUGGACAGAUACGACAUCUCAGUCCGUCCAGCCAGUCGCCUUCUGACCCCAAGGCGUGCCGCACUACUCCUGGCUGCAGUGUGGGCUGUGUCUCUCGCUGUUUUCUUCCUGCCUUUCCUUGAAGGGGAUUUCUUCUCUUCGAGUGCUGAGGACAGUGAGGAUGAGGAGCCGGAACACCAGAAAAAUGACUCUUAUCUCACAACUGGACUGAUCCCAGUUUUUUCCUCCAUCUCUCCCUCCUCCUUACCUACAACUCAUCCUUCCUCCCCUUCACACCACCUGCCUCCAGGAUGGCAGAACAGGACACUGCUGUGUGUAGGAGGGCAGGGUUAUCACACAGGCCUGGCUAUGUAUUACCACUUGUUACUCCAAGUGCCAUGCUUUUUCAUUGCUGUGGUUGUCAUGUUGUUCACCUACUCCAGGAUUCUACAGGCCUUAAAUAUUCGCAUUGGAUCUCAUAUGAUGAGAGGUAAACGAACCAAGGACUCCACCUGCAGGAUACGCUGCAGGAGGAGGAAGAAGAAGGACCUGAGCCUGCCAACAGAGGUAGUAUCCUCAAACCAGAACCAGAACCUCAGCCACCCUCCUCUCAUCCCUUCACCCACCCCUACACCCACAUCGCCUCCAGCAAUCUCCUCCAUGCCUCAGGGCAUGUCUGACAGUGGAGCAACAGUCACUACUGUCAGUACUGCUGCCACCACCCCCAUCGCCACCACACCUGCCACGCCUGCCUCACCAACACCAGCUUCAGCCUCAACUCACGCCCCAGCCACCACACCGCUGCCAGCCUCCUCCAUGGGUGUACAGGCCUCAGUUUCAGCUAUCAUUGCCUUGAGGAGGGCAGUGCGCAGACACAGGGACCGUCGAGAACGGCAACGGCGUGUCCUCAAAAUGUCCUUGAUUAUAAUAUCCACCUUUAUUGGCUGCUGGGCUCCUCUGUCUGCAGUCAAUGUUCUGAUCCUGUGCAUGGGUCCAAGUGAUGGCUUGGUGCGGCUGCGCCUCUGUUUCUUGGCAAUGGCAUACGGAACCACUAUUUUUCAUCCUCUGUUGUAUGCUUUCACCAGGCAAAAGCUGAGACGUGCCCUCAAAACACGAGUAAAGAAAAGGGUAGUGUCACUUCUUCAGGUGGACCCGGCUCCUAGCGGGGGGACAGUUAUACAUAACUCCUGGGUCGAAGGGGGAGGUCAGAGGAAGACUCGUAAGCCACGGGUAGAGGCCAGUGAUGGCACUGAUCGAUGCCUCACAGAUGCAGUGAGGGAAUGAGGCUGGUCUUAGUUUGUAUGUGUGGGUGUGAGUCUGAAAUAAAGAGUUGUAUGUAUCCUACCAAUCUGCUAAAGAAGGAUUGUGUGUAUAUUCAUGCAAAAUGAAAAAUGAGAACCAGGUAGUUUACAAAGGUCAGGACAAAUCCCAUGACCUGUGAUUCCAUGUAUAUGUGGAGACAGGUGAGUCCUGAGCUCUAAUUAGAGCCCUCUUUCUGCUCUCUUUUCAC